CCCGCCGCGCGCGCGCGCGCCCGCGCGCGCGCCGGCUGGCCUGCCCCGGGGGAGCGCGACAGCCCCGGCGGGCCAAUGGGCGAGCCCCGCAGCCAAGAGGAGUUGCGGCGGCUCAGCAGCUCGGAGCUGCGCGCGCUGCUGCGCGGCAGGGGCGCCAGCGACGCGGGCUGCGUCGAGAAGGAGGACUUCGUCAAGGCGGCGGCGCGAGCUCUUGGCCUGGAUGGCGCCGGCGACGCUGCGCCAGGCGCGCUGGACCUGAACGCGGCCCUGGAGGACGACCUGAGCGUCGCGUCCGACCUGAACAGGAGCCCCACGCCCAGCAGGUCGAGCAGCAGCAGCCGCAGCCGGCGCAGCGGGAGCCCGGAGAGGCUGUCGGAGGAGGGGCCGCCCGCGGACUUCGGCGUGGAACACAUGCGGCUGGGCGCCGACGACGUCGCGCAGCUGUCCUUCAGCAGGUUCCCCGAGAAGAUCUCGCGCGUCUCCGGCUGCCAUUGCGUGCUCAAGGACAAGGAGCUGAUCCUGGAGCUCAAGGGCUCCACCGUGCAGCGUCGGCGGGCCAGGA